AUGCCUGACGUUAAGAGAACAAUCAAGUUGAUUACGGAGCAGCACAUCCUCGAGGGCAAGGACUCUGGUGUAGAAGGCUUUCCGCUUCGACGAUGGUCGAUCGAGAUCUACCUGCUGAACGAGCAUGGAGAGCAAGUGCCGGCCAACCUGUUUGACAAGGUCACGUACAAGCUACAUCCGAGUUUUGGCGACCGCGCCAUUCAGUCUUUCAAGAACCCUCCCUUCCGGAUCGAAGAGGAGGGAUGGGGUGAGUUCGACAUGACGAUCAGCCUCCUCGCUCCGGACAAGGAACACAACAUCACGCACGACCUGAACUUUCAGCAGACUCGGUACGAGUCGAGACAUGUCAUUAACUUCAAAAACCCCAAACCCGCCUUGUUAGCCGCCCUUCGAGAAUCGGGUCCGGUGCCAGGAGAUGAGAACGGCGUCAAGACGAAACGCACUGCAACAGGGGAAGAGAGCGUCAAGAAGAAAAAGCGAGUAGAGAAGAAUGUGGACAUGGACAAGCUGGCAGACGGCCUUCAGAAGCUGGGUGAGGAUGAUCUGCUGCAGGUGGUGCAGAUGGUGCACGACAACAAAGCACCAGACUCGUAUACCAAGAAUGAUGUCGAACAGGGAGAAUUCCAUGUCGACCUGUACACUCUCCCGGACAAUCUCAUCAAGAUGCUCUGGGACUUUGUGCAGGAGAAGGGUGUCAUAAAGAUUAAAAAAAGAUUGAUAAUCAGUUGUGGCUAUGAUGAUAGUGAUAAGACUACAGUACUACAUACAGUCGUUACGAGCUCGUUAGUUAAUAGGUUGAACAAAAAGAACAGAAGGAAAGAAUCGUAUGUAAUUUGUAAAGAAUUAUGGUAUGUCUGUCUGUAUGUAUAUGAGCCUCCCGAAAACAAAAGAAAUAAUUAA